GUCACUUAUUAGGGAUACUAUGACGAAACUCGAGCGCUAUGUGUAGAGUAGUGUAGUGUGCACACCAAAGCCUGAAUUACUAGUAAGCAAAAUAAAACGAUUAGUUUUGCAAUCCAACAGAAGUCGUUGAAAUCACAGAAAAGAUACGAGAAUCUACUUGAACUGGCAGAAAACUCUCUGCAGCUCAUCCAUCCAUUCUCUUUGGCGUCUUGUGGACAAUGGGGUGAUUAAGUUUUGCUUCCUCCAUCCUCUACUCAGCACUUCUCUGGUUUAAACCCUCAACACACCACACCUCCCUUCCUCCAAUGUCGGAUGAUUCAGACCCAGGCUGCAGCUCCAUGGCCAGGGGGGCCUCAGGGUGCAGGUCCAUGGCAAAGGGGGCCUCAGGAUGCAGGUCCAUGGCUAAGGGGGCCUCAGGGUGCAGGUCCAUGGCUAAGGGGGCCUCAGGGUGCAGGUCCAUGGCUAAGGGAGCCUCAGGGUGCAGGUCCAUGGCUAGGGGGGCCUCAGGGUACAGCUCCAUGGGAAGGGGGGAAUCCUUGUGCAGCUCCAUGCCCAGGGGGGUCUCAGGGUGCAGCUCCAUGGCCAGGGGGGCCUCAGGGUGCAGCUCCAUAGCCCAGCUUCAUUGUAGGUGCAGCUAUAGCCAGGUUGGUCCAGGCCUGUGUCUAGCCUCAGAAGGCAGUGACAGCAGUUGCCAGGACCCCUCGGCCUCACCUCACAGUGGCCGUAGGAGCGCCUGCUCACGUUCCUUCCACGACGACGUGGACAUGAAGAGCAGUGGAUCCAGCGGGACCGAGUCACACGGCAACGAGAGCCACGGAAGCCAUGGAAACGAGAGUCACGGAAACGAGUCGACAGGUAGCUCCAAUGGCAACAGCAGAGACUCGGCUCUCCUGGAGUCGUCUGGGAGCAACACGCGCUCUAACUCCCACAGCCCCUCUCCUCCCAGUAGUUCCAAUGCUUUCAGCCUGCUGAGUUCUGAGCAGGACAACCCUUCCACCAGCGGCUGCAGUAGUGAGGAGUCAGCUAAGGCCAAGACACAGAAGGAGCUUCUCAGGACCCUGAAGGAGCUCAAGCGCCACCUUCCUGCUGACAAGAGGAACAAGGGCAACAAGUCCAGCUCCCUCAACACUCUGAAAUACGCCCUGCGCUGUGUCAAACAGGUGGAAGCCAAUGAGGUGUACUACCAGCUGUUGAUGACCAAGAACAGUCAGCCAUCCGGCCUGGAUGUGUCCUCUUACACCAUCAAGGAGAUAGACAGCAUCACCUCAGAGUACACCCUCAAAAACAAUGACAACUUUGCGGUAGCGAUAUCUCUGAUCACGGGGAAGAUCGUCUACAUCUCAGACCAGGCUGCCUCUAUCCUCAACUGUAAACGGGGCAUCUUCAAGGACGCUAAGUUUGUGGAGUUCCUGACUCCCCAAGACGUCAGUGUUUUCUACAGCUUCACCACGCCCUACCGCCUGCCCUCCUGGAGCAUGUGUACAGGAGCAGAGUCAUCCCCGUCGGAUUGCAUGCGGGAGAAAUCGUUCUUCUGUCGGAUCAGUGGGGGUAAGGAGUGUGAGGGGGACCUGCAGUACUACCCGUUCCGUAUGACCCCCUUCCUGAUGAAGGUGCAGGACAAGGUCCAUUCUGAGGACCAGCUCUGCUGCCUCCUACUGGCUGAAAGAUUGCAUUCCGGAUACGAGGCUCCCAGAAUUCCUAGCGACGAGCGCAUCUUCACCACCACACACACUCCUAGCUGUGUGUUCCAGGAUGUGGACGAGAGGGCUGUUCCUCUCCUUGGUUACCUCCCCCAGGAUCUGAUUGGCACCCCAGUCCUUCUUCUCAUGCACCCCAACGACAGGCAGAUCAUGUUGGCCAUUCACAAGAGGAUCCUUCAGUAUGCUGGCCAGCCGUUCGACCACUCCUCCAUCAGGUUCUGCAUGCGGAACGGAGAGUACGCCAUCAUCGACACCAGCUGGUCCAGCUUUGUCAAUCCCUGGAGCCGUAGGGUCUCUUUCAUCAUCGGGAGGCACACAGUCCGCAUGGGCCCGGUGAAUGAGGAUGUGUUCGAGGCCCCGCUCCCUGCCCUCAUAGAGACCAAGAUCAUGGACUCUGAAGUCCAGGAGAUCACUGAGCAGAUCCACAGACUGCUACUACAGCCGGUUCACAGCACUAGCUCCAGUGGGCAUGUGGGAAGCAACGACCACCUUGCAGCAUCCCAGGGAAUGACCAGCGAGAGCAACACACGCUCAUCCAGAAACAUCAACAGCAAUAGUAGCAGCCCAAUCAGGACACGCAUCGAGGAGGAGGGGGAGAGCAACUGGGCCAAACCUCAGAGGUCAUUCCAGGUGAUCUGUAAAGGUAUCCACCUCCAGAACAGUCAGGAACAACAAAUCUACAAAGCCUCCUCCUCAGCCAGGUCUGAGACCAAGAGGAACCCUGGCAAGUUCCUCCAGAAGAGUCCAGCAGUGGUGCGUCUCAAGGACACUGCAGCCCCCGUGGCACCUCUGUGCUGGAGGGACAGUGGGGCCACCCCCCUGGAGAACUACAGUCCUGCAGUACAGGAGGAGCAGCUGGCCUUCAAUGACCAGGCGGUCUACUCCUACCAACAGAUCAGCUGUCUGGACAACGUCAUCAGAUAUCUAGAGGGCUGUAACGUUCCCAUCGCUAGGAAGAGGAAGUGCCACUCUUCUGACAACACCACGACCUCAGACGAGGACAAGCAGAAAGGAGGGGACAACCGCAUGCAGAUAUCUGAAGAGAUCAUUGAGGAUGUAUCUGGUGGUGGGGAGGCGGUGGAGCGGGUCAGCCAGACUCCUGGGCCUCCCCCUAGUGCUGUUUCACCUCCCAGCCUGCAGAGGGAGCCCUAUAAGAAGCUGGGUCUGACCAAGCAGGUCCUAGCAACCCACACCCAGAGAGAGGAGCAGGCCUUCCUGUGUCGCUUCAGGGAGCUUCAGGGAGUCCAGGCCUUCCAGUCCAACUGUUCCCAAUAUCUGGAGCGCCAGAAGGGACAAGGUGCCACUGAUGCUGUGCCCACUGUGCACCCAUGCAGGCAGGCCGAGCCCGCUGCCCGUAGAAGCGGGCGCAACAAGAAGACCAAGUCCAAGCGGGUAAAACAGAACGAGUCGUCCGAUAGUUCUUUGUCCCAUAGGAAGAGACAGCAGCAGCCCCGACCCCACCUCCUCAAUCAGGGCCUCAACCAGACGUCCUGGUCCCCCUCCAACUCCUCCCAGUCCACCUUGCCGCCCCUGGCCUACCCCAACAUAGUGCCAGCCUUUCCUCUCCAGGUCAACCCCGGGAUGGGCACCAUGGCUGGAACCAUGCCUACCAGCCCUGAGAAUUCAAUGCCAGGCUUCGGCGACAGCCAGUGCAACCAGGAUCCCCAGUGCCCGCCCCCAAACAUCCGGCCCUCCCCCUUCUCUACUCCCAUGGUGACCCCCGUGGUGGCUCUAGUUCUCCCCAACUACAUGUUCCCUCAAAUGGGGAACGGGGCUCCAGGACAGCAGCCUUUUUACCAGGUUGAGACGGCAGGCUACUCCUCCCAGCCACAGCCCUUCCUCCCACAGACAUCCCACACCUUCCCUGCCCAGGGUCCCUUCCUGACACAGCCGCAGUCCUUCCCCCUACAGACAUCUCUUCCCUUCCCACCACAGUCAUCCUCCACCAUCCAGGCCCAGUUCCCGGGCCAGAACCCCUUCGCCCCCCAGACAGGCUUCCCAAUCCCUACCCAGCCUUUCUCUUCCAUGGCCAUGGAGCCCCCCAAGCCUUCUGGGGAAACCACCCAUUCUCGGGGCACGCCUGGGUCCAUGGACGGCAGGGACCAAGUGCCCUCCCCUCCAGUGUUCCAGUCACGGUGCAGCUCGCCCCUGCAGCUCAACUUACUGCAGCUGGAGGAGACACCAUGCUCCCUGGAGAGGAAGGACAGCAUGGUGGUAGCGCCCUCCAGUGAUGAUCCCCCGGGAAAUAACACCUUCCGCGAUAAGGGAAGGAGUGUGGUCUGCCAAGCCAUGGAGAAGAUCACGCUUCAGCAGGUGAGUUCGCCAGGUGACGGUAACCCUAGCGACAUGCUUGACAUCCUGCUCCAUACAGACUCUCACUCAGCCACCUCAGGGUUCAUGGGUUCAAGGUCUAAUGACUGUGGAACCUCAGCUAGAACGUCUAACAGUGGAAGAUCUAAUAAUAGCAGGACGUCGGGAUGUAGAACGUCAGCUAGUGGAACGUCAACUAGUGGUGUAUCUGGCAAUGGCACAGUAUGCAGCAGCCACACCAGCAAAAAAAUCAGAAACUACUUUGGCAGCAUGGAUUCCUCCCGAAACAGCAGCCAGAAGGUCAAAGGGCACUCCACCGGCUGCGAUAGUGGGAGAAGCAGUAGCGUCAUGGAGGUGCGGCCAAUGAAGAUGGAGCAGGGCCAACACGACAAGGCCAUCGAGAGGUUUCUCAGAGAGGACAGAGAGAGGCUGCGUGGGAUGCAAAAGAGUCAGCCAUGCUUCACUGGGGAGCAGCAGAGGGAACUGGUAGAGGUCCACCCCUGGAUGAGGAGUGGAGGGCUGCCCAAGGUCAUGGACGUCAAGGCCUGUGUGUGCUGUGAGGAGGAUGCUCCAGAGGCAGUGAUGUCUGAGGAGCAGUCUGACCUAGACAUGUGAGACACAGAGACUGAGACUGGGGAGGUCAGCCCCCCCAGGAAGCCCAGCGAGGAGCCCUUAAACACAGACACCUGCCCUUGCCCCUCUUCUGGCCUUGGAUCAUCAUAGCCACAUCCACACCCUGAAUCCACCCACCGCUGUUGAUUGUAACAUCAGCACUUCCGCCCAAGACUAGUUCUCAAGCGACAUCAAUUAUUGACCGGGUCCCACCCUCAGACCAACAGCUGUCCCUGACCAGGGAAUGACCAUAUUGGACUACCUAGUAAUGCAUGCGUCCUGCUGGUGGUACACACCUUUUCUACAACCAGCUAAACCGUAUGGAAACUCUGCUACAACCUGAGAGACCAACGGCCCGCCUGGUCAAUAAAUUUUCUGUGUGUGAAUGUGUGAGAAAAAGAAGAUGAGAUUGAGGUUGGGCAGGUAACCUAGCGGUGGGGAGGUCGCCUAGCGGUGGGCAGGUCGCCUAGCGGUUAAUAGCGAUCGGCCAGUAACCUGAAGGUCGCUGGUUUGUAUCGGCGAGCCGACUAGGUGGAAAAUCUAUCGAGGUGCCUUUGAGCAAGGCACUUAACCCUAAUUCCUUUUGUAAGUCACUCUGGAUACGAGCGUCUGCUAAAUUACUAAAAUGUAAAAUAAGUGAGUUCCAGUGUGUGCAAAACACUGUUCUUUCAAUUCCAUCUCUUUUCCUGUGUUGUUUCACUGAUUAAAAUGAAUGCUUUCACUGAAGAAGUUUAAGACUUAUAGCCUUGUUUUUGUGUUGAUGGUAGCCAAGAAUAUUUUGUGGACUUGCUGUUUUUCAACUAUCUCUCAAUAUGAGAAAAAUAUAUAUAAUUUGAAGCACCUGUAAAUGGUUGGUGAAAUGUUAUUUUACCCCCAAUGGUUUCAAAGAGAUACUCUAUUUUUAUGCCAGAGAAUAAUAUCUGCUAGGAAAGCAUAUGUACAGUAUAUGUGUUUCUAUGUUCUGAGUCUCACAAUAUAAAUAUAGGAAGAAACCAGCAUAAGAGAACUUGGACCAAUAUACAUGUGUUUACCGUGUGUUUACCGUGUGUUUAAGGACAUAUUCUAUCACUCCAUAUCUCAGUCUGUUGUCCCCACAUGCUUCAAGUUGGCCACCAUUGUUCCUGUACCCAAGAAGGCAAAGAUAACUGAACUAAAUGACUAUCGCCCCAUAGCACUCACUUCUGUCAUCAUGAAGUGCUUUGAAGGGCUAGUCAAGGAUCAUAUCACCGCCAGCUUACCUGACACCCUAGACCCACUUCAUUCAGUUUGCAUACCACCCCAACAGGUCCACAGAUGACGCAAUCGCCAUCACACUGCACACUGCCCUAUCCCAUCUGGAUAAGAGGAAUACCUAUGUAAGAAUGCUGUUCAUUGACAACAGCUCAGCAUUCAACACCAUAGUACCCUCCAAGUUCAUCAUCAAGCUGGAGGCAUUGGGCCUAAACCCUGCCCUGUGCAAUUGGAUCCUGGACUUUCUGACGGGCCGCCCCCAGGUGGUGAAGGUAGGAAACAACAUCUCCACCUCGCUGACCCUCAACACUGGGGCCCCACAAGGGUGCGUGCUCAGCCCCCUCCUGUACUCCCUGUUCACCCAUGACUGCACGGCCAUGCACGCCUCCAACUCAAUCAUCAAGUUUGCAGAUGACACAACAGUAGUGGGCUUGAUCACCAACAACGAUGAGACAGCCUACAGGGAGGAGGUGAGGGCCCUCGGAGUGUGGUGUCAGGAAAACAACCUCUCACUCAACAUCAACAAAACAAAGGAGAUGAUCGUGGACUUCAGUAAACAGCAGAGGGAGCACCCCCUAUCCACAUCGAUGGGACAGCAGUGGAGAAAGUGGAAAGUUCCUCAGCGUACACAUCAAUGACAAACUGAAAUGGUCCACCCAUACAGACAGUGUGGUGAAGAAGGUGCAACAGCGCCUCUUCAACCUCUUCAACCUCAGGAGGCUGAAGAAAUUUGGCUUGUCACCCACUGUUAGCCCUGACUAACUUUUACAGAUCCACAAUCGAGAGCAUCCUGUCGGGCUGUAUCACAGCCUGGUACGGCAACUGCUCAUUCCUCACCCGCAAGGCUCUCCAGAGGGUGGUGCGUAUUGCACAACGCAUCACCGGGGGCAAACUACCUGCCCUCCAUGCCACCCACAGCACCCGAUGUCACAGGAAGGCAAAAAAGAUCAUCAAGGACAACAACCACCCGAGCCACUGCCUGUUCACACCGCUAUCAUCCAGAAGGCGAGGUCAGUGCAGGUGCAUCAAAGCUGGGACAGCUUCUAUCUCAAGGCCAUCAGACUGCUAAACAGCAAUCACUAACUCAGAGAGGCUGCUGCCUACAUUGAGACCCAAUCACUGGACACUUUAAUAAAUGGAUCACUAGUCACUUUAAACAAUGCCACUUUAAGUAAUGCCACUUGAAUAAUGCUUUACAUAUCUUACAUUACUCAUAUCGCAUGUAUAUUCUGUAUGUUAUACCAUCUAUUGCACCUUGCCUAUGCCGCUCGGCCAUCGCUCAUCCAUAUACUUAUAUGUACAUAUUCUCAUUUACCCCUUUCAGAUUUGUAUGUAUUAGGUAGUUGUUGGGGAAUUGUUAGAUCACUUGUUAGAUAUUACUGCGCUGUCGGAACCAGUAGCACAAGCAUUUCGCUACACUCACAGUAACAUCUGCUAACCAUGUGUAUGUGACCAAUACAAUUUGAUUUGAUUUGAUUUUUGAUUUGAUAAUUAAUGUGUUUGUUUUUGAAGCGCUUAAUUUACAGGGUUCAUAGUACAGCGUGUUGGCUGACUAAAGAGUACAGUUGGUAGGGGAUGCUUAUAGAGAAGGUGCUUUUUGUUCACCAUUUUCUUUCUAGCCUGUGAUUGAUGGUUUGACCAAGCUUUGAGGAAAGAGUGUCCUAUAGCACUGUUCUAGGAUCCGCUUUCCAAGCACAAAGCAUACCGUUAUAAGCUUGCUGGCCUUGAAACAGUGUUUAAGAGCACAUGGUAGUAGCAACACUUUCUGCAUUGUAAUAUGGCUGGGAUAGUUAUUGGGUCUAAGAAUUUGUCAGGUCUCCUCGUCUGUCUAUUUUUCUUUUUUCUUUUUUUAAGCAUUCGAAACACUCAUUGUUUACCUGCAUUUUUCCGAAAUGAUUUCUUUACAGUGGGUCUUGUAUGUCUCUGUAUUUCUGUAUUUCUCGUGUUGUUGGAUAGUCACUUUAAAAACUGUAAACACAUUGGCUGUGUUAAUGUGUUAAUGUUUCAAAAUAAAAGUCAAACAUUUUAACAUUUAAAUAUA